AUGGCGUCCAACAAGUCGGGAGAAAUCGAAAUUCUUCGUUACGAUGGUCGCUACCGCGACCAAUCGCUGGAGGUACUCCGGAAGUCAUUUUUCCUGAACGAAAUGGUGUGCAUCGGAGCAGAGGUGAAUUUUACACCGCGCGCACAGAACGAUCUUGAACAGCUCUGUCUGGAUGUGGCGGACGGUGGUGUGUCGAUGAUCGCGAAACACACACCAACCGGUACGAUCGUGGGAGUCUCUUUCAAUGUGCUGCAGACUCCGAGCGGACCGGAAGAUUCCAACUACUUCGAGCAGUUCCGUGACACGAAGUGUACGACCGAUAGCUCCCGGGCACUGAUGCAGUACAUGAUCACGAUGGACGCAAAGGUGAACCUGUUUGAGCGGUUCAAUGUGCGCUGCCUGCUGGAGAUCAUGUUCCUUGCCACCUUACCCAACUACGAGGGCCAUGGCGUUGGGACGCGGCUCGUUGCGGAGUCCGUUCGGUUGGCGGAGGAGCUGAAAAGUGGCAAGGCCGUACCGGCGGCAUCCGGCGAGAGUUCGGUAGCGCACGAUAAGCCACAGCUCGUUUCGGCGCUGUUUACGUCCCGAAUCUCGCAACGUGUCGGCGAAAAGGUUGGCUUCACGGUUAUCAAUCAGGUGCCGCAUUCGGAGUUUGUGUACAAGGGCAGAACGUACAGCGAUCGGAUCGGGCCAGACCAUCCAUUUUCGACGCUGGUUGUAAAGCACAUAUGA